UCUGUUAUUUUUUUUUUUUUUACAUCGUCCAAUUCUCAGAAAUGAAGCGCAUGUUUGGCAUGGGCAAGCCAACGCAGCCCCCGCCAACGCUCACCGACGCCAUCUCCAACACGGACGCGCGUGGCGAGUCCAUUGAGAAGAAGAUUGAAAAGCUCGACGUCGAGCUCAAAAAGUACAAGGACCAGCUCGCCAAGACCCGAGACGGACAUGGCAAGCAACUGCUCAAGCAACGGGCCAUGCGUGUCUUGAAGCAAAAACGCAUGUACGAGGCGCAGCGCGACCAAUUGAUGCAGCAGUCGUUCAAUAUGGAACAGGCCAAUUUCGCCACUCAGACAAUGAAAGACACCAUCACCACGGUCAACGCCAUGAAGGUUGGCGUCAAGGAAAUGAAAACCCAGUACAAAAAGAUCAACAUUGACAAGAUUGAGGACAUCCAAGACGAGAUGGAGGACUUGCUCGAUCAGGCAAACGAAGUUCAGGAAUCACUGUCCCGAUCGUAUGGGCUCGGAGAAGACGUGGACGAAGCAGAUCUUGAAGCUGAGCUGGACAUGCUUGGAGACGAGUUUGCUUCCGAGAGCGAUACAAGCUAUCUGGACGAUGCGACGCGAGCUCCUGCAGCCCCAACCGGCGAGCUGUCCUCCCCUGCGAGCGGUCAAAAAGCCGUGGCAGUGGACGAAUUCGGCCUGCCAGAGGUCCCUGCCUCGUUCUGAGCUGUUUGCAUAGUCAAAGUUGCUGUUGAUUGAAAGUUUUUGUGUUUCAGUCUGUGUUUUUUAAAUGUGAGGAAUGAGUGCGUGUUGCGCUGAGCCGUUUAGACUGAUUCAUAUUCGUUUCGAAUUUCUCCCUAUUUAUGUGCUCUUCAUUCGUGUUGCAUCUCCACCGCUUU